AUACUUAUUAUGCUGGUGAUUUUAUUUAUUAUCAUGAGAAUACAAGAAAAUUAGGGCGAAUUCGAGCUAUUGUUAUAUCAGAAGAAACAUUGAAAUUAAAAGUUCAAAAAACGAUUGAAUACUGUGAACUUCCAAAAAAUUUUCAAAGUAAUAAUAGACAAAUUCGUUCUCAAUUAGGGAUUAAAUUAAUUGAAUUGCAAGAUGUCAUUGGCCAUGCUAGUAUUACUACUUCAUUAUGUAGAAACUAUGAAUCUAUUCAUAAUAUAAGUGAAAUUCUUUAUAAGUUAGAUG